UGCAACCAUGAAAUGUAUAUUUCAGCUGGUUCAUCACUGUUUUUGUUUUAAUUAUUGAGGACACGUAAAUAAAAAAUUGUGUUGAAUUUGUAAACCAAAUUUAAUAAAAAGCUAUUUAAACGAUAAGAGCAGGAUAUAUCUAAUACCAUUGAAAUUAUGUCCACCGAAAUAGAUGGAAAAAUUGUUAACCAGGCGGUCAAUGAGGCCAGUGGUUGGGAUCAAGAUGAUGAUGACAAUUGGGAUGAUUGGGGCGAUGCCGAGGAAAACUUUGAUAAUAGUGAAAUUACAAAACUAAAGGAUAUCAGCCAUAAAAAGAACGAAACAAAUACACAAAAUAAUAAUUUUAAUAAAAUACAAAAAACAAUAGUUGGAACAAAUCAAGACCCAAACAGCAAUUCUGAUAUAUCUUCAGAGCCAAAAGAUGUACAAUCUCCAAAUUCUGUAGCCUCACAAAAACAAGCUACUGGAUGGGGUGGCCUUUUUGGAGGUGUUGUUUCCGUAUUCUCUACGGCUACUGAAGGUCUCGGAAAUAUUACAUCAACAGUGAGUCAAGGCCUUAAUCAAGUAAUUGGUGUUCCCGAUCCGGAGGAGCUAGCACGCAUGCAAGCUGAUGAAAUAACCAAAUCACAGCGUGAGUCAGUAGCUCACAAUGAAAAACAAAAAAUUACAAAAGAAUGUCGUGAAAGUUACAUUCAAGAACAGCACGCAUCGACGCCAGUGUUUGGUUUGAAUAUUGUUAGUGGAGUGACAAACCUUGGCUCGAAGGUACUGAAUACUGGUUUAGAUACGCUUGAGGGCAUUGGAAAAAAAACGAUGCACAUAUUACAAGAAAACGAUCCACUGCUGAUGAAUAAAAGAAAGCUUCUUGGUUUGGAACAAGAUAAGCCGAAUUUGAGUGAGGUUCUCAAAGAGGCAAAAAAGGAUGCGGAUCAAUUAGAAAAUACAUUGAAAGAGUUGAAACUUGAAAAAUCACGGGAAAUGCUACGCUUUGACUUACUUUUUGAGAAUAAUUGUGGCUUGGUGCACUUAGAAGCAUUAGAGAUUUUAUCCAAAGAAUCGACACUUAAAUUACAAAAAUUACAAGAUGCUGUUAGUGGCAAUGCCCUUAAAGAAUUGCAAGAGACUAUUACUGAAGUCAAAGAGCUGAUGGAGUUGGAGGAGUUAGAAGGCGAAAGUGAUGGUGACUACAGUGCGAAAGAUUUGAACGCGCGUUUAAUGAGCGCCAUUGAAGACGUAGAAUUGCAAAUUAACUUCGAUGACAUUGUAAUGAAGUGGGACAAAGCACUGGAAUGGCUUCAUAUAACCCCAACUGUUGAUACCAACGAUGCUGUCCAAGAUACUUUUGCUCACGGCAUUACAGCGUUGGCUGAAACAUGUGCGCUUCAAAUAUGUAAAUUACAUAAAAUCGGCGAAUUACUAUUGGUGAAGGAUCAUCACAGUACCGCUAACGAAGUCGAUAGUAUUGUUCAGUUGUGCAAACAAUUCAAUACACACCUGAAUGGUCUCACAAAUCGUUUCGCUGCCACUUUAACGAGUUAUAAAUCAGACAUGCAGGCAGAUUUGGAAGAUGUGAAAAAGAGACGAGUAAGCACACUUUUCGCUGAAAUGUUAGUGGCGAAUCAAAAUAUAGAAAAGGCUUUUCAUCUGUUUUUACCCAUAUUGCAAAUUGGAGCUGUGUAAAAGAGCUGUUCAAUAUAGAAAAUUAAACAUUACCCUGGCGGGCUGCGAUUGCAGUUGUUACAAUAAUCUGUCUUAUCUUUUUUAUUCCUUGUAUUAAUAAAUGUGAUUUUUCUUU